AAUGACAUGCCGUUUACUUUGCUGUUGUUGUGGUUGCUGCUUUCCCCGCAACUCACCUUUCCUUUCUUUUUUGAUCACUGAAUCUGGACGUUACAAAAGGAGCCAGCCAGUCAUUACUAAAACUCAUUUUAAAACCCAACACAACACACAAACACACCCCAAACAAGAGAGAAGCAAAGAAUAAUAAUAAGCUUUUCAGCUUUGUUCUUUGUUUUCCCUCUCUGAAACCAACACCACGCACGCCACUCCUCAAAUUUUCCACAUCACAUCGUCUCUUUCCUCUAAACGAUAAAGCUGUGGGAUUUUGAAUCUAGUGAUACAUUUUAUUGCAUGAGGGCAGAGCAGUGAAAAAUUCAUUUUGUGUAUUGGAAGCGCUAGUUCAGUAUGUCUUCUGCAAGCAAGGGUGAUAGGAAGGCUUCCCUUGAUGCAGCAUCAUGGUUGUUCAAUGUAGUCACGUCUGUGGGAAUAAUCCUUGUGAAUAAGGCCCUCAUGGCUACAUAUGGUUUUAGUUUUGCUACAACUUUAACUGGUCUGCAUUUUGCUACAACAACCUUGUUGACAAUCAUUCUUAAAUCACUGGGAUAUAUCCAGACCUCUCAUCUUCCAUUAUCUGAUAUAAUCAAAUUUGUCUUAUUUGCAAAUUUUUCCAUUGUUGGAAUGAAUGUGAGUUUAAUGUGGAACUCUGUCGGUUUCUAUCAGAUUGCUAAGCUGAGCAUGAUUCCAGUAUCUUGUUUCCUGGAGGUUGUCUUGGACAAUGUACGAUAUUCAAGGGACACAAAGCUUAGUAUUGUUUUGGUUUUGCUUGGUGUUGCUGUCUGUACAGUCACCGAUGUUAGUGUUAAUGCAAAGGGUUUCAUAGCUGCUGUAAUAGCAGUAUGGAGCACAGCACUGCAACAGUAUUAUGUGCAUUUUCUUCAAAGGAAGUAUUCUAUUGGGUCGUUUAACUUGUUGGGCCACACUGCACCAGCACAGGCAGCAAGUUUACUGCUAGUAGGCCCCUUUCUGGACUAUUGGUUGACAAACAAACGAGUUGAUGCCUACGACUAUGGUUUUACAUCCACUUUGUUUAUCAUCCUGUCCUGCACCAUUGCAGUAGGUACAAACCUCAGCCAGUUCAUCUGCAUUGGUAGGUUCACGGCUGUAUCAUUCCAAGUCCUUGGCCAUAUGAAGACUAUUCUGGUCCUGAUCUUAGGAUUCAUUUUCUUUGGAAAAGAGGGUCUCAAUCUACAUGUUGUUCUAGGCAUGAUCAUUGCAAUAGCGGGAAUGAUCUGGUAUGGCAAUUCUUCUUCUAAGCCAGGGGGGAAGGAACGUCGUAGCUUUUCCCUUCCUACCACCAAAACCCAAGAUUAUAGUGCUCUACCUGUGUCCUCUGAACCAGAUGCGAAAGUAUAGAAAACAGUAGAAAUUUACAUGAGAACAUGGUGAAACUUUUGGUGAAGUGCGUGGAAAAAUCAGGUGCCCUUUAGGCGAGCUGAUUCAGUUUCUUUAUACCUAGAGGGAAUUCCCAAUUAUUUAUAGAUCUUAGUCAUGUCUUUGCUUUUUGCGUUAAGGAAUUGUUUGGGAGGGAGGGGGAGGACAACACAUUGUUAAAGGAGGAAAAUUCUACAUUAUGUUCCAUUUUUUUAUAGUAGAAAAAUGUUGCUAUCACUUUUAUAGUAAUGUGUAAUUCCAUUUUUACCAUCGGGGUUGGUUGAAUUGUAACAUGCUCAUGACAACUACGUUAUUUGGGUUCAGAUAUAGUAUGUGUUGAAUUCAAAUAUAGGAAUCUGUGUUGGUAGAGGAUCUAUAAUGGUAGUGUAAACCACUUUGGUAGUUUGGCU